CAACUCGGCCAUUUUGCUGAAAUUUCGACGGUGCAUAGAGGCAGGCCGACGAUUUUCACAAUAUUCUGCUUCAAAAACGCAUCUUUAUUGCGAAAUUAAUUGAAAAUUAGCAGUUUAAGUGAUUGGUUCUGAAGAUUUAAUAAAAUAACCAUGGCGCGCUAUACUCAACGUCCGGAAAAUGCUCUGAAAAGAGCGAAUGAAUUCAUUGAAGUUGGAAAGCCUUUGCGUGCUUUGGACACCCUUCAAGAGGUAUUCCGUAACAAGCGCUGGAACUAUGCCUACUCCGAGACCAUUAUUGAACCACUUAUGUUUAAGUAUUUAUACUUAUGUGUGGAGUUGAAAAAGUCACACAUCGCUAAGGAGGGUUUGUUCCAAUACCGGAAUAUGUUCCAGCUGGUGAAUGUGAAUUCUUUGGAAAAUGUUAUUCGCGGAUAUUUGCGUAUGGCUGAAGAGCACACUGAAGCCGCACAGGCGCAGUCGUCGGCAGCCGUUGCUGUUUUGGAGUUGGACGAUCUUGACAACAUUGCUACACCGGAAAGCAUUUUAAUGAGUGCUGUAUGUGGUGAGGAUGCACAAGAUCGUUCCGAUCGCACGAUUCUCUUGCCAUGGGUUAAAUUUUUGUGGGAAUCAUAUUGCCAGUGUUUGGAAUUGUUGCGUGUGAAUACGCACUGUGAAGCCCUGUACCACGAUAUCGCUCGCAUGGCAUUUCAAUUCUGUUUGAAGUACAAUCGCAAGAGUGAAUUUAGGCGUUUGUGCGAUAAGUUGCGAAAGCAUUUAGAAGAUAUCUGUAAGAGUACUACCCAAACCACUGGUGUGUCAAUAACUAAACUUGAAACACAACAGUUGUGUUUGGAUACAAGGCUUUAUCAAUUAGAUUCGGCCAUACAGAUGGAAUUAUGGCAGGAGGCGUAUAAAGCCAUUGAGGACAUACAUGGUCUGAUGGCUUUAUCGAAGAAAACACCAGUGCCAAAAACAAUGGCCAAUUAUUACCAGAAAUUGGCAAUGGUUUUCUCUAAGGCUGGAAAUCAACUCUUCCAUGCUGCAGCUUUGUUGAAGCUAUUCCAGUUGACACGUGAAUUAAAGAAGAACUUGACAAAGGAUGACAUGCAACGUAUGGCUUCGCAUGUUCUCAUAGCGACAGUUUCUAUCCCACUGCCAUCGGCUCAUCCGGAAUUCGAUCGUUUCAUUGAAGCCGAUAAGAGUCCACUUGAGAAGGCUCAAAAAUUAGCCGUGCUACUAGGACUACAACAGCCUCCAACUAGAGCAUCAUUGAUUAAAGAAGUUGUGCGGUUGAAUGUACCGCAGUUAGCUUCUGAAGAGUUCAGGAACUUAUAUAAUUGGUUGGAAGUGGAUUUCAAUCCGUUGAAUUUGUGCAAGCGUGUGCAAAGUAUUAUCGAUGUGAUUGAAAGCGCUCCCCCAGAGAACAACUUACUUGCGCCCUAUAUCAAAUCAUUGAAAGAUGUUACAAUUAUGCGUUUGAUUAGAGAAAUCUCACAAGUUUAUCAGAGUAUCGAAUUUAACCGUUUGUUGCAAUUAGCAUCAUUCUGUAAUAUUUUUGAACUCGAAAAGUUGUUAGUCGAAUCAGUGCGUCAUAAUGAUAUGCAAAUUCGAAUUGAUCAUCAGAAGAGAUGUAUUUAUUUUGGAACUGACCUAACAGAGAGUCAGAGAGAAGAUCACCCUGAUGGCCCAACCCUCCAGUCAAUGCCUUCUGAACAAAUUCGCUCACAAUUGGUUAACAUGGCAACCGUUUUGAAUCGUGCUGUAUCCGUUGUGUAUCCAAAUCGUGAAAAGGAUCAACGUGCCAAACUGCGGGCUCAGAUGGUAUAUCAUUAUCACGAGAUCAAGGAUCGUGAACAUCAACGCAUUUUGCAACGUCAAAAGAUUAUCGAAGAUCGUAAAGAAUUUAUUGAGAAGCAAAAUAAUGCACGCGAAGAGGAAGAAGCACGUCGUUUGGAAGAAGAGAGCCGGAAGGCGAAACUGGCAGAGCAAAAACGACUGGAGCAGGAGAAUGAAGAGCGUGAGAGGAAGCGUCAUCAAAAUGAAAUUGAAGCUAUUAAGGUCAAGAGCCUAAAGGAUAAAAUGCAACAAAUAUCGCAAACCGCACAUGGUAAAAAAAUGCUUUCCAAAUUGGACGAAGAGAGCAUUAAAAAGUUGGAUGCUGAACAAAUUGCUGCUAAGGAGUCCGAAGAAUUGCAACGCGAACGCAAGGAAUUGCAAUCCAAACUCAAGUCCCAAGAGAAAAAGAUCGAUUACUUUGAGCGUGCUAAGCGUAUGGAGGAAAUACCACUAUUCGAAAAAUACUUGGCUGACAAGCAAGUAAAAGACAAAGAGUUUUGGGAAGCACAAGAAGCACAACGUAUUGAGAAUGCUAUUGCAGAACGCAAAGACGCUGUCGCACAGCAGGACCGUUUGAAACGUAUGUAUGAUGAUCGCGACGUCUUCUUGGAGGCAUUGAAGAAGGAACGCGCAUCAUUGUUUGUGGAAAAGGUAAAGAAAUUCGAAGUGGCUUUGGGCGAAGAACGCAAACGUUUGUUAGCACAUCGUUGUGAGAUGCGCCGCCAAGAACGUCGUCGUGCAUGGCUUCGUGAAAAGGAAGAAGAACGUAUGCGUAAAGAAGAAGAAAUUCGUAGAGUUAAGGAAGAGGAAGAAAGAGCUAUUGCUGAAGCUUUGCGCAAAGAGCGUGAAGCCGAAGAGGAGAAAAGACGUAUUCAAUAUGAGAAACAGCGUGCAAAGGAAGAGGAAGCUGAGCGCCGCAUACAAGAAGAUCGUGAACGCUUGUCUCGCGAAGUGGCCGCUGAGAAUCGCGAGAAGGGCGGUGAUAAGGACCGCGACCAAUGGCGACGAGGUGAUCGUGCCGAACGUAGCGAAAGAAUUGAACGUAGCGAUCGCAUUGAACGUGGUGACCGCAUUGAACGUGGUGAUCGUAUCGAACGUAGCGAACGUGGGGAACGUGGAGAACGCGGCGAACGUGGUGAACGUGGUAACGCUUCUAACUCAGAAUGGCGACGAGAGCGUCCAGAACGCGUUGAACGUGGUGAACGAAUCGAGCGUGCUGAACGUCCAGAGCGUGGAGAACGUUUUGAACGUAAAGAAGGUGAAAGUGGCGCAUCCGAUUGGCGUGUACGCCGUGAACCGGAUCCAGCAGCACCACGUGCGGGAGGUCCCGGAGCAGGUGGACGCGAUAAUCGGGAACCACGAGAGGGUCGUGAGGGCGGCGAUAAGUGGCGUCGUGGUGGCCCCGGUGCCGGAGGCGCAGGUGGUCUUGGAGGUGCUCCCAGGCGUGAUGAUCGAGAAGGUCGUGAGGGUGGUGGUAACUGGCGUGAUGCGCCACGUAACGAUCGUGAACGCGAUAAUCGUGAUAAUCGCCGUCGCGAUGAACGAGGAGAUCGACGUGAUCGUGACCGUGGUGCUGGCGGUGGUGCUAAAGAUUCCGGCAGUUGGAGAAUGGAACGCCCGUCUGGCCGCGAUGACAAAGAAAGAAGUGCUCCCAAACGCGAACCUCAAGAAAAAGAGAACAAAAGUGGGGAUGAUGGCGAAUGGACUAAUGUAAGGCGCCGUUAAAUGUGGUCGUAACUGAAGAUAUGACAUUAAGAAUAGGCCAGAAUCAAAUUAAAUAUUUCGUCUAACAGAUGUAAGCGAGCAAAAAUUUAAUAUUGCGAAAUUGUUUGCUGAAAUCCUAAAUCAUAAAUAUCUACUACUUUAAUUAUCGCCGAUUGAUUGUACUUCGUGCAGUUGUCAUUUAUAUACACAUAUUCUUAUAUGCUUCGCUUUGUCUGUUCAAUAGUGGAAAUCAACCCGUAGUAUUUCUCCACUACAUGCUAUGAGUAUAGAGAAAGCAUAUUUGCAGUUUUUCAAAUAUCAAUAAAUAUAUAUCCAUAAAAAUAAAAUGAAAA